AUGUUAUUUCGCUCCCUCUGGUCCUUCAUCUUAGUCGCCGCAACAGUCCUGGCCGCUCCUGUUCCGUCGACAAAUCAAAAACGCGACCUACCGACCAUUCAAGCCGCUCUUAAUACCAUCAACUCGGCGCUCCAGGACCUUGACAACUCGGUCAAGGCAACACAGAGUGUCACCUUGGGUGCUGGAAUCCAGCUUCUCAAUGCAGUCACCGCCGUAAAGCGUUCGAUUCAAGAUGCCACACCGCAAGUCCGGGCCUCAGAAGUGCUCAACAAAAAUGAUGCAAUGAAUCUCAAAGCGGCAACUGAUGCUCUUACAAACAAUGUCAAAGUCACCAUCAACGAUGUCGUCGCCAAAAAGGCUCUGGUUGACUCUCUUGGCGCAACCCCUCUGGUCGCUGUUGCUCUCCAGGAUCAAAAGACAGCCAGCGUUGCGCUUGCGCAAGCUCUGGUCAGCAAAGUCCCUCCCGAGCUGAACGCCGACGCGCAGAAGAGUGCUGGAGCUCUUAGUACUGUGCUAGACCAAGGUAUCGCGAUCUUUGGCGGCACAACUGCUCCGCCAGUUGCUGCUGCCGCAGCGCCGGCCGCGGCACCAGCAGCACCAGCAGCGCCAGCAGCUCCAGCUAUGCCACCAGCAAUGCCGCCAGCUCUUCCGAGCCCUGAACAGGCAGCAGCAGGAUUUUUCAAUGGUUUGCAAGGUAUCUUUGGCGGAAUGAAGAAAGUGGCAAACUGA